AUGAGUAAUUUAGAAGAACAUUUAAAUAAAGGAAAACAUUUAUAUGAAGAACUUAAUGAUAUAUUUAGAAAAUAUCCAAAUAUUAAUGAAUUAGGAUUAAUUGUAUCAACAAAAGAAUAUGAACAGAACAAAGAAGAUGUAAAAUCAAAUUCAAAAUCAUUUGUUGUUGUAGAUACCAAUUUGGGUGUAACCUAUCAAUCGGUGACACCUUUAUAUCACUACUGUUUCAAAACACUCAAUCAACUGAUGGAACAACACUCUCUAAAGAUAAUCGAUGACAUUUUCUUUAGAAAUCUAGAUCCAAUCAUUGUACAAUCUGUUCUUAACCUAACAAGAACAUUAUUAAUGAUAAAUGCAGAGAAUUUAACAUCAUUAAAUUUAAGAAAGAGAUUCAUACAAAAUGGAAUGUUAAGUCAUGAAAUGGAAAUUAAAUUUUUGAAUUUGGUGUUUACAAAACAUCCAAAGAGUGGGGAAGCUUGGUGUCACAGACGUUGGGUGUUGACAGAUUCACCCUGUUGGAGUGCAUUGAAUUUAGAGUCAGAGAUUGCGGUGUGUAGACGCGUUGCUGAGAUCUAUCCAAAGAAUUACUAUGCGUGGUGUCACAGAAUGUGGUGUUUGAAUACACAGUUGUCGAUGGCCAACCUGCUCGCUGACUUGAAGAGAAUGGAUCAGUGGGCACUACGCAACGUCUCUGACUACUGCGGAUUCCAUCAUCGCUUCGAACUACUGAGACAAGUCUAUCGAUUGGCAGCGGAAGGUAGAUGCGAUUGGCAGUCGGUCAUUGACUUGUGGUCACGUGAAUUCUACAUGAUCGAUUCGCUCAUCAAGAAGUAUCCUGGACACGAAACACUUUGGUCACACAAGCGAAUGUGUACUACCUCUUGGUUGGUCGAUAUCAUCGGUAACGAUAGUUCACGUAACCAUCUACAACAAUGUCAACUGGUCAACGCUCAACUCCAAUUGCCAACGAUGGAACAGCAACUGUUUUACUGUAAAUCGAUACACGACGAUAAGGAAUCAUCGUACUACACUGAACAAUCUACUUUUGCCAUUCGUUAUUCUUAUUGGAUCAUUCAAAGAGAUAUAUUUAUAGAACAUCAUACAAAAUAG